AUGCGCCGGAAAUUGCGGAAAAAAUGUGUCGGAGAUUGCGGGAAAAUUGUGUCGGAGAUGGCGGAAAUCCGAGAAAUGUGCCGGGAAUUGCGGAAAAAUGUGUCAGGGAUUGCAGAAAUAUGUCGAGAAUUGUGGAAAAAUGUGUUGGAGAUUGCAGAAUGUGUCCGGAUGUAUCAGUUGUACCUUCUUGGUGUUGGAAAACCACUACAGGAAUUGGAGUUUGCUGAAGACGUCCGGAAUCCAGGUGUCAGGAACUUGCUCAAGGUGUUAGUAAUGUACUCCAAGCGUUGGAAACGCACAAAAGAAAUCAGAGAUUUGCUCAAGGCAUUGGAAACCCCCAAAAGACGUCAGGAACUCAUUCAGGGAGUCGGAGACAUCGGGAAUUCGUUGAAGGCAUUGGGUACUCGCUCAAGGAGUCAGGAAUUCAUUGAAGACAUUGGGCAUUUGCUCAGGGAGCCGGAAACUGUCAGGGGCCUGUCAUUCCUGCCAGCAACCUAUCACCUUAACCGAUGUCAGGGAUUCGAUCAAGGCGUCCAAAACCAACAAAAGAUGUUGGGAAUUCAUUGA